AUGGAUUUUAAUAACUUUGAUCUUGCUUUUGGUAUAAAAUUCGUAUAAAAUUCAGACCGACAUCGAUAUGAGAAUGAAACUGUAAGUAAGUAUCUAAAUAUUAGCUUCUAAUACUACAACGUUACUUACUAUAAAAGCGAAGAAGAUGGCUAGUUAGAGACUGAGAGAUCUAUAAUUACUAUUCCUUAUGAAAGAUGCCAAUAAAAUAGAUUUUUGGGAAAGACCUAAGAAAUGGAAAAAAUUGGGCUUGAUAGAGAUGGUUGGUUCUGUAUAUCUGACCUUGAUGCAAAUGUAAUAGGCCAGGAAAUGAGCCUAAUAAGGAAAAUAGUCCGAAUAACUGUGAGUCCAUGUCAAAAUAAUACCCAAACAAAUUCUUCCCAAACUACAAUAACUAAUAUUAAUGAGUCAAUAUUAGAUAGCAAUAAUGAUUAGAACUUAAGGAUAAAUAAUAAUUCACAAAUAUGCGCAUCAGAAUAUGAGAUAUCAUAGUAUAUUCACAAAGUCUAAUUUAUGGUUGCAUAUAUUAACAAGUAUUUUGACUAAGACGACUUUAAAGAGCCGAUAAAAAGUGAGAUUCAAGUAUAAUUUUACAAUGCACAAGAGGGAUUUGCUUUUAACUCAAUUUUAAAUGUUUAGAAGAAUUAUCUGGUAACUCAUGAUCAUUGGUUUUCAGAUAUUUUUAGUUCAGAACUAUAUGAAUUUUUCUCAGUUGAGUAAACUAAGACUGUCUUUGGAUCAAUCAAGCCUGGUGUUUGGGAAAUGUUUAAUGUACUUAUAUAUUGUAAGGACUAAGAGUUUUAUAUUGAGAGAUAAGUUACAACCGUUGCAUAAAUUAUGACUCUAGUUGGAGGCUUCAUGAAUAUACUCUUUUUAAUUGCAAGGUUAUUAACGAAAAUUUAUAAUAAGCAAGUAUUUUACUGGGAUUUAAUUAACAAAAUAUUCAAAUUUGAAAAUCCUGAAAAAUCUCUAAAGUAAAAUCACGAUAAUAAAUAUUCCAUUUAUCAACAUAGAGACCAAUUUAAUAAAAAGGAUUUGAAGGAAAAAGUAUUCUCGAAAAUACACUCAAAAAAAUAUAAGGGGGUCAGAGAUAUUUGUAAAUUUUAUCUGAUGCAAUGCCGAAAGACUUAAAGUUAUAAUUAUCAUUACUAUUAAAAUGGCUCGUAAAAGCUUGAUAAAAUCCUUGACAUAGCCUCUUUAUUGAAAACCGUCAGAAAAACUAAACAGAUUGCCAAACUUUUACUCAAAAAAAGUCAAUAUUCCCUCGUUCCUUACAUGAGUUAUAAUACGCUUCCAUUUCAUGAAAUAUAAUCCCCUUAAAAAAUUACAAACUCAAAGUAAAUUAUGAAAGAAUAGAAGCGUAAUUUGGAGUAGCAUUUAACAAAAAUUUGCUCGUAAUAUGACAAAAAACUAUCAUAGGAAAUUAUUGAUGAUAUUUGUCAAGUUAAGAAAAAGAAUUAAAAGUUAGAUACUGAAACAAAGAUGAGCGCUAAUACUCUAAAACUAGAUGCGAAAUUCAGUUCAAGAAAACUAAUUAAAAAAAAGAAAAGGAGAUAGGCCACUGCUUCAACUACUUGUAGAAAUCAUGAUAUUGAAAGCUCUUUCAAAGCUAAAAUAGUGCCAAUCUACAUUAAUGAUUUCAAAAUAUGA